CCGCAGUAUGAUGUGGGGUAGGCUUGCGUGUGUAUGUCGUUGGCUAAAAAGGCGUAGGCGCUGCGGCCUAUCAUGGCUUGUGCCGGAAUACCCAUGGCUUGUUGUACGCCUGAGGACAUGUAAAGGAUGCGUGAUUCAUGUGACUUGUCAUGUAUUCCUAUAAACGAAUGAGGCAUUUGAAAAAAACUAGAGUAUCUCGCAAAAUUUGUUGAAUAAA